AUGUCUCGUACAGACAACGCCUCGGCAUACCGGCCGACGUCUCUGGACUUCAUCAACCUCCCGAACCCGAUUGAGCCGGAUGGCAGUGGAUCUCAGAAACAUCCCUUGAACGGCACUCCACGGCUGGAGAAGGCGCGACUGGACUCCGCCUCGAACCAGGACCUCUUCAAGCUCAUACUUGAUCGGAACGAUGAGCGCCCGCCGAAACGACAGAAGCCAUCUGAUACUGCUCUUCUUGAUCUGCCAAGACUGCCCGUUAGGAACCCUGCAAAGCGUCUUCGGAUACCGCCGACAUUAUCCGGACUUCAUCAACCGCCUCCAGAUGCAGGACUCUUACCCUCGAUUAGCGUCGAGCAGCCUCAAGUCCUCCCUCCUCGUCACUCUGACCAAGUGGUACAUGAUAAUCGAGAGAAGGCCGUCGAGAAGACGAAUUCCACGUCUGCACCAUCUCAAAAGAAUGAGUCUGCCAAGACGUCCUCUCAGCCGUCCAAGCAGAAGCAGAAACGUGGCAAACGCAACAAAUGGAGCGAUGAGGAGACUGAGGACCUACUGAAGGGAGUGGCGCGCUUUGGCAUAGGUAAUUGGACCAAGAUUUUGAAGUGCCCAGACUAUGACUUCCAUCUGCGAACAGCUCUGGACCUCAAAGACAGGUUCCGAGUAUGUCGCCCUGAUGACUACAGGUCAACGAAAGAUCAACCUGCCACUGAACGUAGCGUUAUCGUCAAAGGUCCAGUGCCAGAACGUGUGUCUGACGACAAGCUGGCGAAGCUUGGCAUUACCGAGGCCUUUGGGAAGAAAGCAGGCCGAAGUGGAUAUACAGAUGCUGAAGAUGAUGCUUUGUUCAGAGGCUUUGAGAAAUAUGGGCAUCAAUGGGCCAAGAUCAGAAGUGACAGCAGCUUUGGCUUGACCUCACGCAAGCCCGCCGACUUGCGAGAUCAUUUCCGAGCUCGUUUUCCUGACGAGUACUCUAAGGGAGGCCGUUCGUCAAGACCCAGCAAAUCAGCGGCAUCAUCUGACCCUACAGCUGAUGUUGAUCCUAAGCGCACGCCAUCGCAAGAUAGUGAUCGUCAACCAGAGGCUUCCAAAUCAGCGAAUGAGCCAACAGUGGUUGCCUCGAAAGACGAGACGUACACUCUCAAGACAAGCUUCAGUAAGAAGCCACACCAACCAUCACUCUUCGCGCUGGACGAUGUCUUUCUUAACACACCCUUCGAUAUUGCCGAUGACGACGGCGAGAACAUCGUGCUAGACCGCGGCAUUCUGGAUUGGGCCACAGACGUGACGAGACCACCGGCACCAGAUCUGCUCAAGAACAGUGGCAUUGACCCACGCAUGACUCUCAUGCUCCCGAAGCCAGUCUCAAACGUUCCACCUGCGGCAUCACUACCACCAACAUCGAAUCACGCCACGAAUUUGCCAUCGCUGUCGGGUCUGAUGCCAGACACAGUCAACCCGAAUCAGCUCGAGCUUCCAUCACUCACGAAGUGGUACGAAAGUGGUGGUCAUGAAGGAAGGCUAGGAGGUGGUGUGACAAUUCCAGCGCUGGAGGAGCUACUCGGGACCCUUAACAAUGCAUGA